CUCCGCUGCAGACACGGGCAGACAGACAGACGGGCGGCCGGUGUGUCUGAGAGGAUGCGCGCGGCGGGCAGCAGCGGCAGCUCGCGCUGAUUGUCGGAUCAGUACCGGGAGGCGGAGCAGCAGCGGAGCGCGAGGAGCAGACCGGACACCAUGAGCUGUAACUGGGGCACCGAGCUGUGGGAUCAGUUUGAUAACUUGGAGAAACACACCAGCUGGGGAAUCGACUUCCUGGAGAGAUACAGCAAGUUUGUUAAAGAGAGAGCUGACAUCGAGCUGAGCUACGCCAAACAGAUCAGGAGCCUGUCUAAGAAGUAUCACCCUAAGAGAAGCAGAGAGGAAGAGAGCAGGUACACCUGGUGUCUGGCAUUUGCGGCGACUCUCCGUCAGCUGAAUGAACUUUCGGUUCAGAGAGAAGAACUGUCUGAAAACCUGAACACACAGAUUGUGUCCGAGCUGACGAGAUACACACAGGAGCUGAAGACUGAGAGGAAGACUCAUUUCCAAGAUGGCCGCCGUGCUCAGCAGCACAUUGAGAGCUCCUGGAAACAACUGGAGUCAAGUAAGCGGCGGUUUGAGCGUGACUGUAAGGAGGCGGAGCGAGCUCAACAAGUCUCAGACCGGAUCGACCUGGACAACAAGGCUGACGGAGAGAAGCGCUGCUCUCUGAAGGCUCGUCAGACGGCUCAACAGAAAAAACAAGCUGCUGAAGAAUCCAGAAAAGACUAUCUGGCCAGUUUAAACCAGUUUAACCAGGACCAGCAACAGCACUACCACACACUGGUACCAGUUAUAUACCAGCGGAUCCAGGACAUGGAGGAGCGACGGAUCGAGAGAAUCUGUGAAGCGAUGCGUUUGUCUGCGGAGGCUGAGAGAAAAGUUCUCCCUGUUGUGAGCAGCUGUCUCGAUGCCAUGAUGGAUGCUGCUGAGGGCAUCCAGCCCAGGAUGGACACCCGGCAGGUGGUGGAGGUGUAUAAAUCAGGCUUCGACCCUCCAGGGGAUGUCGAGUUUGAGGACUACAGCGCCACCAUGAGGAGGAGUAUCUCCGAAUCCAGUUACCUCGACAACCGCACCGAGGGCCGGAGACACAGCAGGAAGCUGUGGCCCUUCAUACGGAAAAACAAGCUGUUGACUCUCCUCUCCUCGCCCCGGCAACCUCCCCCUCCACCCCCCACCUCUCCUUCACCCGGGGGCGUAGUCAGUAAUCCGCAGUCCCCGCCCCCUGCCUCGAGAGAACCAAUCACACAGCGGCUGAAUGACCUCAUGACCUCUGGCUCCAGAACCAGGAAGCAGUGUCUGCGCAGCCUGAAGAGAGGGCUGUCGCUCAAACUGGGCUCCGGUCCGGCAGACUGCAGUCACCUUCCUCCUGAACAGAGACGGAAGAAACUUCAGACCAGACUCAACAACAUCAACCAGGAAAUCCAGAGAGAGAGAGAGCAGAGACCCACAGACUCUGAGGCGCGUUCCCGGGAAGUCCGUGAGGGCUCAGGGCCGUCCCGCUGUCAAGUCGACAGAGUCUCUGCUGCAAACCUUCUUUAUCCUGAUGGCAGCUACACUGAAGACCACAGUGCAGAGCUUCACUUUAAGUCUCGUAGUUCCGAGUUCGAUGACGAAUUCGAUGAUGAAGAACCAUUACCAAGUAUUGGCACCUGCAAGUCCCUGUACCCAUUCCAAGGUCAGAAUGAAGGCACUCUGUCCAUGGUGGAGGGAGAACUACUUUCUGUGGUGGAGGAGGACAAAGGUGACGGUUGGACCAGAGUACGGAGGAACUUGGAGGAGGAGGGCUACGUCCCCACCUCCUACAUUAAGGUGUUCCUGGAAAGCAGCGCCAAAGGAUUUGUGCAGAGUAGUCGGCUAGUCUAGCGCAGUAAUCGGCCCAGAGGACAUCUCGCCACAGGAAGUGCUCUCGGCCAAUCAGAUGACAGACUGUCGAUACGUGAUGGAGGAAAACGUCCGAUUGGUGACUGUGAAAUCAAUCAGAGAUCACAUAUUAGACAUGUCUCAAACACAGAUCAGACCUGGGUUAAUCUGGAUUUACUGUGGAUCCAGAUUAUGGAUCCAGAUGAUCAUGUUAAUGUUUCAUGAAACUGCCGAGUUUCAUAAUCGUAUUCAUUGAUCAACAUAAAUCAUUUAUAUGAAGAAAAGCUGAUGUUCUGAUAACUCGCACGUUUAAACCCAAAACGAUGAUUUUCUCUCUUUGUUCUCUUUAAACAUUUGUUCUGAUGUGAAACUGGGUUUCUGUGAUCGAUCAGUUUGGAUGUUCUUCUGAUUGACUUUAAUCUAAUGGUUAUAAAAAACUUUAUUGAAAAGAAAAUGUGAAAUGGUGGACGACCAACGAAAGCUUUCACUCACUGCGGUGAUGUCACUGUGGUGUGGUCAAAACCUCUUGUGAGGUCACUCUGGAGAAACUGGAGUUAAACUAAGACUAAAGUUUAAAACGUUCAAACUGAGACUGAAGUUUAAAACAUUUAAACUGAGCCUAAAGUUUAAAAUGUUGAAAUAAAGACUAAAAUAUUAA